AUGGCCUUCUUCAAUAGCGAUCCUGCUUCAUGCGGGCCCUCCAGCUCAGUUUCAAAGCUAACUAGCUUUGCAAAUUCUAAAAAUAAUGUACUUAGUAAUGAAUAUAAUCCAAAUGUCCCGUCAACAUCGAGGAGCAAACAGUUUCACAAUAAUCAUCUAAAUACAUUGGAUAGAAGACUCGAAAAUCAAUUCAGCCUGUUCAUGAAUAAUGAUACGAAAACCAGCAUCGUUGGUAACAUGGUGGAUCCCAGAAAAGGGAUCAAUGAUUCACUAGUCAACCAGAAAUACCGGGGACCUGCCAAUGUACAACAUGAUUGGAUUAAAGAUUUCUCUCAAAUGAGUGUUUCACAGCACGAUCACUCCGUCCAUAUCCUGAAAAUGAAUUCUCAGAGCCCAUUACCUCAAUUUUCUCACUCACAGCAACAACUACCUCUGCAUCAUGCUCCUGCGAUGUCACUGCAACAGAACCAAAUAAGAAUAAUGCAUCAUAGUCACUUUCUACAAAACCAAUCGAUGCCAAUAUUCCAAAAUACACGAGCAGAAGUAAAUCAAGCUUAUAAUUCUGAAAAUCCGCAGCAGUUAGAGAAUGAAGAUGAUAUUUUUGAGCAGGCGUUUUCCAACAUUGAAAAAGAAAUUGCAUUACAAGGACUGUCUGAAUUAGUUCUAGAACCAUUAGCUCAAGAUAUCAUCUCUGUACAUCCAGAAAAUGAGGUGCUUUCGAAUAUUGCAAGCAAAAUCGCAGAGACUAUGGAGCAUGUUGACGAUCUUAAUACCGAUAAUAAUCUGGAGCUUUCUCCAAAAUUCCAAAAUUCGAAAUUUUUGAAAUUAAUGAAGGAUAUCUCAAAUAAGAAAGUGGCUCUUUGUGAAAGUGGUAAGAAAUUCAUCGACACUAGCACCGGUGAUAACAUAAAUGGUCUUGAAGCGGAUGAAGUGCUUUUCACUGCUCCUCAAGCAGCAGCGAUUGCACUGGAGAGAAGAUUGGGUGAUCCUUUAGACUGCUUGAAUGAUGGCGAUGUUUUAGUUAGUUCAGACCAGGCUAGAGCUCUUAUUAAAGGGAAGAUUAAUGGUCAGAAUAUUCUUCCUCGGAGCUCAUCUGAAAUCUUUAGUGACUACCUAAAUGAUGAUGAUUCUUUCUAG